AUGGUUUGCUCCGUAGGAAUAUUCUACUACAAAAGAGUGUACUCGGCAGGAGAGCUUGUCUCUGGGUACAUAACACUGCAGGUAACAGGCGUGAUCUCUAUCGAAAAUAUUGUUCUAUCGAUUGACAAGGAGUCUGAGAUAAGAGUGGACGAGCUGAACAGCAAAACUGUUUCCAAUGAGAAAACAACAAGACACCUAGGCCGCUUUGUUAUCUACGGAGACAGAACGCGAAAGAUGCUCCCGGGGAUGCACAAGUUCCCGUUCAGCUUUCGAAUGAUGCCGGGGGAAGGCGCGACAAUCGAAUACAAAAAAAUCACUCAGCAGAAACACAUUUAUGCUCUGAACAAGUACAUAAGCAAAUGCGAGGUAAAGAUAUACGGGAUAUUCAAGCCAGUGGCCAAGUUCCACAGAGAAAUAUGCAUGGUAGAAACAGCCCCAGAGGAAAUAGAAAGAAAGAAGUACAAACACCAAAUAAGCAACUGUCUGUGCUUCAGCUCUUCAACUGUGGAUAUUCUCAUCGCACACGAUUCUGUGCUGUACGCAGGAAAAGACUACCCCAUAGACAUAGCAGUGAGCACAGGCGCAGACAUCUCGGGAAUAACCGCAUCGCUUGAGAUGAAAAUUCAGUCAUUCACAGAGUCUAUCAAUCCAAUCAAGAUCUUGUUUCCCUGCAAAGUAACAAGGAGCUCUGGCAAGGUAUCCAUCAAAAUAGACGACACACUGCCCUCAGAGACAUCCAAAAAUGACUUUUUUUCCAUUUCCUACAACAUAAUUAUCGGUCUGGUGAUAAAGGGAGAGGGGCGGACUCAGGUUGUGAAAAAAGUGUCUGUUCGGAGCAAGGGGCUGAACGGAGAGUAUUCGCCGCCUGAAAUUCCAGAGAGCGCCAUCUAUCCUGAAAAAUAUCUUUCUCUACAUUGUUAA